AUGGCAGAAAGUUGCCUGCCACAAAUCUGCAUGGAGCCCUUGGUGUCGAAGCCGGCUGAAACGCCAAUCGAGCAACUACGAGCACUUGUGAGUCUCGUCGAAGCUGCGAGACUGCAGUCUCGGCCGCUCACGGUUGAGGAGGAUGCCAGGAUCGAAGCUGCCAGGGAUUCCAAGGCCCCACUAGUCGCCAUCGCGGCGAUGCAGGCAGGCGAUGCAGAUCGCACGGAGCUGUGCAGCCUUGGCCAUCGCCUUUGGGCAGCUUUGGGUUUUGCAGCUUCCGAGAAGAAGCAAGAUGCAAGAUGCCGAAGCUUGGCCUGCGAGCUCUACGCUGCGGGCUCCAAAGGCUCCAGUGAAAGUGUGGGCCAGGAGAUGCUGGCGAUCCACUGGGCACUGGCCGGGCGCGCGUGGGUCUUGGCGUCCGACGACCAAAAAGCACUUCUGUGCUUUGCGGAAGCCUUGCAACCGUUCAGAGCGCAACCACAGCGCUGCCAUGCCAAGUUGGCAGAGCUUGCGGCACAGACAUAUUUGUGGAUGGCCGACGUCCACUUUCGGCAAGCGACCUACAAGGAAGCCUUUGCAGACCUCGCGGGUGUCCGCGAGCUGCUUGCCCUCCGUCCUGAGAUUCGACCAGCACAGUUGGACGGAUUGCUUUUUCAUUGCCACAAGCAGGCUGUCUCCCAUCAUUCUGCGGGCAACUUGUCGGAAGCGGUUGAACUGCUGAACCUCGCGGUGGCAGCGGUGCCAGCAGGCGGUGCUGUGGUAGCUCAUCCAAGAAAUGCAGGCUGUUCCGCAUGUUGGCUGUCUGCCACAUGGACUUGUCCGAUCUGGACCUUGCUGUGGCCCAUUCCCAGCAGGCGGUCGCAGAAGCCCCGAAUUCGGAAGAGCGGCGGUUGGCACUGCAGGUCCAGCUUACGGCUCUGGUUCAGCGCAGAUCGCAAGGUUCUGAAAUGUCAGCCUGACCAGUAA